CCAAAUUCUCUUUCCAUUUCUAUUUCUAUUUGAAUGCAGGCCAGAAAAAAAAAGGAGGGGGGCACUCCGCAAAUUCUCUUUCCAUUUGUGGUGCGGGCCGGCCGGGUUUUUGUUUCUUAUUCUCUGCACCAUACCAUUAUAUAAGUGUCGUAAGACCCAGAAAUCGAUUGGACCGAGCAAAGAGCUGUGUUGAUUUUUCCGAAUUUUGGGCUGCUGCGGGGCGAGACCAGGAUUCUUCCACCUGGUCGUUGUUAGAAAUUACGCUGGUUCAAGGCAGUGAAGAAGUUCUUGCAAAGAUAAAGAAAAUGGUAACCAGAAUGAUUGAUCUCCGCUCUGAUACGGUGACAAAACCAAAUCAAGCAAUGAGGGCUGCAAUGGCCAAUGCUGAAGUUGAUGAUGAUGUACUGGGUUAUGACCCGACUGCCUUUCGCCUUGAAACAGAGAUGGCAAGAAUUAUGGGCAAGGAAGCAGGCCUUUUUGUGCCUUCAGGCACUAUGGGUAAUCUUAUAAGUGUGCUCGUUCACUGUAAUGUUCGGGGUAGUGAAGUCAUUCUUGGAGACAAUUCUCAUAUCCACAUCUAUGAGAAUGGAGGCAUUUCGACAAUUGGAGGUGUACAUCCAAGGACUGUGAAGAACAACAAAGACGGGACUAUGGAUAUUGAUCUCAUUGAAGCGGCAAUCAGAGACCCUAGAUUCGAGAUUUGUUACCCGACUACAAGGCUUAUCUGCUUGGAAAACACACAUGCUAACUCUGGUGGUAGAUGUCUCCCUGUAGACUAUAUAGACAAAGUUGGAGAGCUGGCAAAGAAGCAUGGGCUGAAACUCCACAUUGACGGUGCCCGUAUAUUCCAUGCAUCGGAGGCACUUGGAGUUCCUGUUGACAGGCUUGUGCGAGUUGCUGAUUCAGUUUCGGUGUGUCUAUCGAAAGGUCUGGGCGCUCCAGUUGGAACUGUCAUUGUCGGUUCAAAAGUCUUCAUUGCUAAGGCAAGGAUUCUAAGGAAGACCUUGGGUGGCGGGAUGAGACAAGUUGGUGUCUUGUGCGCUGCUGCUUUGGUUGCAGUGCAAGAGAAUGUUAAGAAACUUGAGGAUGACCAUAAAAAGGCCAAGACUUUAGCAGAAGGAUUGAAUAAAAUCAAAGGAUUAAAAGUCGAUGUCGCUUCAGUGGAGACCAACAUUAUAUAUUGUGAUAUUUCAGAGAGUGCAAAUAUCACAGCCCCCAAACUCUGUAAGAAUUUGGAAGAACAUGGCAUACUUCUGAUGUCAGAUAGCUCAUCCAGAAUUAGGUUUGUUCUUCACUACCAAAUUUCAGAGAGCGAUGUGCAUUACGCCUUGUCAUGCAUUCAGCGAGCUGUCACUGGAGUCCCAAGUGAAAAUGGUGCCAAGUGAGUCAAGUUGCAUCGAUGUGUAGGCUUCUUCUAGCUCCCAUGGCCGAUGUUGGAGAAAGCUCGAAAUUGUCUUCCACUGGCUUAGUUCAUUUCUAUCUAUCUGAAGAAAAUGUUCUCUUUCCAUUAAUUGUUUGUUUCAGUUGGCAAUAAUCCAAAGCCUGUGACAUGAUGUUAGAAACUUAGAAUGCUGCUUUGCUUUACUUGCUGUUCAUAUCAGUAAGGAAAUGUUCUUCACCA